AUGAAGAUAGAUUGCGUGCUUACGGCUGUCGAUGGUCAAAAUGCGAUCUAUACAGAGGGACGAAAAACUGAAAUACCCGUGAAUUUUUACGAAAAUUUGUGCGCCAAGCCUCCUAUUGCAGUUUAUCGAUCUAAUUCAUUAAAGUCCUCCAACUUUUAUACAUACAAUUUAGGAGGAAUUGCAGGAGGAAUGGUUGAAGUACAAAUGCAUGGAUAUCGUGGCGGUGAAGGAAUGAUUAGCAUGGUGGAGAAGAAAGGGUACAAUCCUCAAAUAUUUCUUGUUCUUGAUGGGCUGAAUGAAGCAAAGGAAUAUGAUGUGCUUUACAACGAAAAUGAACCAAAAGAUUGCUUACAUAUGACUUCAAACGACAGAAAUUUGGCGAAAAAGCUAAUAACUAUCCGUUCUGAUUCAACGGGCAUGGCUGUUCAGAAGAAGCCAUCGCUACGGUGCAUCCUUGCUGAAAUAAAAGACUAUUUUCAGCCAUGGACCUCAGUUGAUUUCCACAUACUAACAGAUUCGAUUUUUAAUAAAACAAUUGCAAUAUUCGACACGAUGACGAAUGAAGCCGAACUCUGCGGUAAAAUAAAAGUUAAGAGCAGCCUAAAAGACUGGGAAUCAGCAAAAAAUUUUUUUCCAGCAAAGAUAUCUCAUUUCUUCAUUUUUGCCUAUUUUUCAUUCAUCCUUUUUAUGCUACAGUAA